AUGAAGGAAUCCUCCAAAAGCGACCGUAAAACCCGCAAGCGGUCAGCGGCGGAGGCCACCGAAGAAUCUAUCGCACCAACUGCUGAAACAAAGCAAGAAGAUGAAAAAAGCGGCUCUAAUUGGCUGGCCAAAUUUCUGGAAAAGUUGGACGCCGGCAGGAAGACGGCAUCGGCAGUAACGCAGCAGCAGGUGCAGGAGUCGGACGAUAGCUCCGAUGAGGAAACUACGGAGGUCACCGAGCCAAAGCAUCAGCGGAAGGCCCUUUCGUAUUCGGAGCUGCUGUUCGCAGACCUCUCUGAGGCUUCUAGCCUCAUGAAGAAGUCCCACUUCUGCCAGAUGGAAGUCUGCGAGGAAACGUGGCAACAGUACAGGGAGUUCAUGUACAAGAAAUAUCGUAGCCAGGUGUGCAAACUGAAGCGGCGUGCGCAGAGCGAAGGCGACAAGAAUACUAGUAGCCAUGGGGACUAG